AUGCCUCACAACACCUCGAGCUCUUCCCCCGCCUACGGGUCUGCUAGUUCUUCAUCCCGAAGGGACCCCUCAUACUCCUCCUCAUCCCGCCGCACCUCCGAGGGCCAGUCCAGGACCUCCACCUACACACACACAGUCGUUCCGACGGAGAGAUUCUACGUCACCGGCCAGUCUUCCGGCAAGUCGAGCGCCUCCAUGAGCCGAAAGCUUGACGCUUGGGAUUCGCGCUGGGCUGAUGCAUCGCGCCGCUGA